AUGCUUCCGACGGCGAUCUUUACUGCCCUUGUAGCAGUAGUAAUUGCUAUGCCGGCCUAUGUCGCCCGCGAUGAUAUUCCCGAAAUUGAAAUGUCCCUUCCUGCCGUAAAUCUUGACCUUCUUCGAUACCUGAGCGAUCACUCUGAACAGCUGCUUUGCACCAAUAAUUCCUACCCGAUCCUCGAGAUUGAACUACCGUUGUCAAAAACUUUCUUACAGGAGGCUGACAACAACAACGACGGUUUUGUAUCAUAUGAUGAGGGGGAGGAUUACGCGGAAAACGUCUUAAAGGUGAAAGCUGACAAAAACUGGCGACAACUUUUCGCCGAAAAAGACCUGGAUGGUGACGGACGACUAGAUAAGGAAGGUGAGCCCGAUCUACAAUUCAUGAGUUUGCUGUCUUCGUGGUACCGAGGUGACUAUGACCUGAAGUUCAACGACUACACUGUCACAUCGCCAGAUCCACGUGAAUUCGUGAAGAAAUCAUGA